UAAAUAUUGCAGUAAGGCAUGUAUAGAUGCACCAAGAACAAAAAGAAAGAAAAAAGAGAGAGAUGGAAUAUCAACACUUCAGCCAUAAACAUUUCUUGAUACCCCAUCAUUUUAAUGACGAUGUAGAUCAAGAAAUCAAAUGCAAGGCCUGUAACAGACUUAUCAUUGCUACCGAACCAUCUCAUGGUUGCCUUUCUUGCAAACAUUUCCUCCAUGAUCAAUGCCUAAAUCUACCUCGUUGGCUUCAGCACCCAUCUCAUCAUUCUCACACACUCACCCUCCUUCCUGCUCCAACAUACCCCUGUGGGUCCUACUCUUGCAAUGCUUGUGGAAUCCCUGGAGGAAGUUCCUUCAGCUUUAGCUGUGCUCAGUGUGAGUUUGAUUUGCACACAAAUUGUGCCACUUUGCCUAGCACAGUUCUUAUUGAUGCACACUCUCAUGAACUCACACUUACCUUUGAUAACUUUCCUAGUGAUGGGAACAUUUCUAUUGUGUGUGAUGUUUGUAAUGAGUUAGUGAACAAGAGUUUUUGGAUGUAUAAAUGUGUUGGCUGUGGCUUUGAUUGUCACUUGAAUUGUGUGAAGACUGACCAACAGGCAGGAUUGAAUCCGAUGCAGCAAGAAACUCAGGAAGCCGGUGGGCAGUCUAGAGCAAAUGAUACAAUGGAUUCAAUUAGGCAAGCAACGAGUCAGAUGAUAGAGGAUCAGUUCGAGAUUAUGAGAAUGCAAAAUGAGUUGACUAGAGCCCGGAUUUUGGCAAAUUUUAUGACUUGGUCUUGGCGUUGAUUUGAUCCCCACUUUGCAGUAUUUUUCUUCAGUUAUCAUUUUCUGUAUUUUGGAGAAUGUCCAACUUCUGAUUUCAUUCAAGACAGUGAGUUUCAGUGUUCUGGUAAUAUAAUUUUUAGUUCAGAGCUAUGAUGGUCUUCAUCAAAUUUCUGCAGUUUAUAGACUUGCUUAGGUCUCCAUCAAAAUUUCAGUUUAGAGAGGUGAUGAUCUUCAUCAAGUUAUGCAGUUUAAAGACUUGCUUAGGUCUCCAUCAAAUCUUUAGUUUAGAAACAUGAUAGUCUUCAUCAAGUUAUGCAGUUUAAAGACUUGCUAAGGUCAUUUCCAUUCAGUUUAAGGAUAUGUUGGAAAGAUCAUGUUUUUGACAACUCAAGAAAACACCAUAGCCUUCUUUUUGUUUUCUUUUUUGAGAAAAAACAGAGCACAGUAUAUCAGCAUUGUAAAAAUAUCCUUUCAAAGAUAUUUUGGAGGCACAUUUUCAUUUUCAUUGUGUA